AUGGCUCAAGACACAAUUUCUUUUCAAGUAAAUUACAAAGGAAGGAUCAUACCAUUGGAAUCGUGGCCUCUUGAUAAUACAGUACAUGAAUUAAAAGAAUUCCUUGCCAAAAGUAUUGGCAUACCUUCCGAAUUUCAAAAAUUAUUAUACAAAGAUACUAAAACGUUACGAGAGUGUAAUUUUAAAUCUGGAAUUAAAGUAAUGUUAAUAGGUAGUUCACCAGAAGACAUUCAAAACAUCAAGCUUGCGGAUUCAAAAGUGAUACAUCAACCUUUUAACAAAUCGAAAUCAAAAUUUGCAAUCAAUCCAUAUAAGGAUAUAAGGAAUAAAGAGUCGACAUUAUCGGAACACAAUUAUACAUUUCAUAAUAUACAAGUAAUAGAACAAUUUCCUGAAUCCGGGAAGGCACGUGUAUUGUUGGAAAAAUUGAGAGAUGAUAACGGAAUUAGAGAAAUAAUGAAAAAGUAUAAAUGGAAUGUUGGUACUUUACGAGAAUUAUCCCCGGUAGAAAAAGAUAUUCUGGGAUUUAAUAAAAAUCGUGGAGAGUUAAUUACAUUAAGAUUACGUACAGAUGAUAUGGAAGGUUUUAGGCAUUAUCCUGAAAUUAGAAGAGUUUUAUUACAUGAAUUGGUUCAUAAUGUUUGGGGUGAUCAUGAUGAUAAUUUUCAUCGGUUAAACAGACAACUCAACAAGGAAGUUGGCAAGUAUCAUUUUCAAUAUCUUAUUGAAUUGGAUUGGACAGCAUCAGGAGGUCACAAAAUAUCAAAUGAUGAAUUUUAUAAUGCUCCUGAAGAAGAAGCAAUCGAUGAAAAAUCUUGGCAAGGUGGAACUUUUGUUCUUGGUGGUGUAGGUACGGAUCGUAGAUUAACAAAACGUGAACUGUUAGCUGAAGCUACUUUAAUGCGUUUGACAAAAGAAGAGAAAGAAUUAGAUGACAAUUGUGGUUCCAAAUAA